CCUCCGCGCCCCGAGUUUGAGGGGAUGGACGGGGAACGCGCUGCCGCCGCCGGACCCGCGCUCCUCCCCUCCGGCCGAGGAGGGGGGGGCCCGGCUGACUUCGUGGCUCUCCUCCCACCGGAGGUCAGCUCCCGGAUUUUCAGCGACCUCGAUGUUGAGAGCUUGUGUCACGCGUCCGUGACAUGCAAGGGCUGGCACCGCGUCAUCGAGAGCAACGACCGCCUAUGGAGACACCACUGCCUGAGCGUGCGGGCCGUGUGCCAGCGGGAGAUCGACUGCGACCGAGGAAACGGAUAUUCCUGGAAGAUCACGUUACUGAGAAACUACUGGAAAAGCAAAGUGAAGAAAGAAUGGCUGAGUGGGAAAUACAGCAACAUUCCUUCACGGAACAGCCUGCCAGAGAAAAGCAUGUAUCCCAUGGACGCUGACACAUGGGGAGAAAUCCUGGAAGCAGAACUUGAGAAAUGAGAAACCAGUGCUUGUUCUAGCAACUUAAGAA